AUGGCGAGCCGACAAAACAAGAAGCGCAAGGGACGCAACCCUCUCCCUCGCGAGCGCACCGUCACCACCCUCACCGACGGCGUCGACGGGCCCUUCUCCCACUCGUCCCCCGACGACCCCGCCAUGCCGCCCGGCUUCCCGCCUCCUAUUCCCCCGCCCGCCAACACCUCCGCCAUGCCGCCUGGCUCCUUCCCGCUCCAGUCCUUCGCCAGCAACUUCCUGUACCCCCAGUAUCCCCACAUUGUUCCUCCCAACUUUCCCAGUACUGUCGCGCCCUUCGGCCCUCUUCCACAUCAGCCUAUGCCCUCACCUUCAGUCCUCCCGUCCGCCCCCGUCUUGCCCCCUGGACAAAACGACCUCAAGAUCCUCGAACGGCUCAAGGAGGUAAUCAAGAACAACCAGCACGAAAUUUACCGUCCUGUCCCCCAACCUGCUGCUCUCGCUAGUAUCUACCUUGGUCCGCCCGCCCAGUCCCAGCCUACGACGGCCUUUGCUCCACCUGUUGUCCCCCCGCAUCCUGAGCAG